AUGUCGUCAUGUUCUGAAGAGGAAGCUACACGCGAGAGAGGCGCUCCCACGACAACAGACCCAGAGUCUCAGCCUGUGAACUAUGCCCCUACCGGUUCCAUCUGCGAGGUCCAUAACCUCUACGAGUCUAAGCCGGACAAAAGGGGUCGCACAACGUGGACAAAGGAGUACCCUGACGACCUGACUGUCCCGGCCGAGGACACUGAGUCCGGUCAGUAUGCACUCCUGGUGCGAAAUGUGAAGUGUUACGACGGCCGGAAACCCCUACAGAUCCACUCCAUCGUGGUUCAGAGUAAAUUGUUAAAGGAAUUUCUGGCCAAGGUCUUCAAGAACUACCCCGGUCUGACAAUGACGCUAAAGCGGGUUGAGUUUAAACCGCCCUUCAUGCCGUUUGUCCACCGGUGGGAGGAAUUCUCAAAAGCUCGGGAGGAAGUCAAAGACCCCAAGACCAAGUCUGUGGUCGACCUACUCUAUAACAUUCUAGAGGGAGAGCUUUGUGAGACCAUUACCCGCAGGAAGGAUCUGAUCCUUAACGGCGUGGUCACUCACGAUUUACUCUGGACAAUUUUUGAACCGGGAGUCCAUGUUUACUGUAUUUAUGGUGACCAUGAACGUGUCUUCCAGUCGGUGUCGGCCUCGACCAACUGUGAAGGAGUAUUUGUUGUGUCCGCCAAGUACGUUGACUAUGAUGGAAGUGGCUUUGGAUAUAGGAAGAAAAGCCAAUGCAUUCCCCCGUUCCAAGGGACAAUGCCAAUCACUGCCCUACCUGUUUUCCCUCUACAUUUUCACCCGAAUGUAGGCACCGUACGGGACAAUCUAAUUUCCCGGGGAAGGUUGUGGGAGGAACACAGCGGGUAUCACUACAAGCAGUACGAAGGGCCUGGAUUCACCAAAUUCAUGGGUCAGGACAUGCAGCUCAACGUCAAGAGCCGGGUAAUUAUUGACGGCGAGGCCUUCAAUACUUUCAACCCCGAUGACUCAACUAGAGUCGAUGGCUGCAUGAAAACCCUCAACGAUGAGCAACGGCUUCUGGCAACUCCUACGUUACGUGGGUACUCCCUCAAGGACAAAAAGUGGCUCGAAUUAUAUCUCGAAGGGGUACGGGAUAUUGUCUGGGACUCACGGGCUUUCGACUCGCUGGUCCUGCCGGCGGAGCAGCAGCGGCUGAAAGGCCUGAUUCUGGCUAUCGCAAAGGCUCAGUCAAAGCAGAUGGAUACCUUUGACGAUGUCGUGCAGGGCAAGGGUCGGGGGGUGAUCAUACAGCUGAGCGGCCCGCCGGGCGUAGGAAAGACGCUCACGGCUGAGAGCGUGGCAGAGGUCAUGCGGGUUCCUCUUUAUGUCCUGAGUGCAGGAGACCUAGGCACAUCCGCUGGGAAUGUCGAAAGGGCACUGAAAGAUAUCCUUCGCAUGGUCCCGAAGUGGGGUGCAGUUCUUCUGCUAGACGAGGCGGAUGUGUUUAUGGAGACGCGCAAUUCUACGGAUCUGGAGCGGAACGAGUUGGUUUCGAUCUUCUUGCGAUUGUUGGAAUAUUAUGAGGGUAUUUUGUUCCUCACGACCAACCGUGCCGAAAGCAUCGAUCCAGCUUUCGAGUCGCGUAUUCAUGUGUCGGUUCGGUACCCUGAUCUCGAUACCAAGUCACGACGUCAAAUCUGGGCACAAUUCCUGGGCGAAAAUGGGGGAUUCUCAUCGGAACAGCUGAACGACCUGGCCCAGGUGAAGCUAAAUGGUCGACAAAUCAAAAAUAUACUGAAGACGGCGCAUCUUCUGGCACGCGAGCAGGAUCAUGACCUUGGAUAUGAUCAUAUUCGGACGGUUUUGGACUUGCGGGUCCCAAAGAAUGCGAACCUGAGGGAUGAGAUGGAUUAA